GGCCUUCCAUGUCUGCCUCUAGUUAUACAUGGUCUCAGAUUAUUACGCCAACGACUGUCGGAACCAUACAUGUGAUGAUCAACACAGCGAGCAAUAUCACUUGGACCUCUACUGAAAUGAAUACGGAGUAUGCUUUGAACACGUCUAUGAAGGUAUUGACACGCACCGACACGAACAAGGCUCGCACCGUCACAGCAGUGGUACAAGGGCCCGACGGGUCCAGAAUCACAAUUCUAGCCCUCGGUACUCAAAUGACUUGGGAUGCUGCUCUUCCAACUACCAUUCAGGGGCUCAACGAGACCUGCUGUCUUGUGCAGCAAACAAGUUUACCCACACCUUUUCACUCACCUUUUCCAAUGCCUGUAGACAAGACAAAUCAGCUCGAUCCAACUGGAUGGCUUUAUGCAUUGGCGCCGGUCGAGGCUGUCACUGUGUCGGCCAGCCAAAUAUAUUCGCUGUGGGGCAAUCGGUCUAUUGUGCUGCCAUACACAGGUUGUAAUUUUGCGCCGUGUAAUGUGGAACCCCAGUGCACGGCGUGGAGCCCUGCUCAAGCAGUUACAGAGGUCCCUUACCUUUACGAUACUGUUACCAGUUUCGUGAAAGCAGCUCCUACUGCUUNNUUUUCUCAUGUUGUCAACACUGAGAGGACCACGUCAUCUACUGUUGCUUCUGUGCCUAAUGGGAUCCAGAGCUCGUUCGCCACGUCCGCCUCUUUGCUGGACGCAAGUCAGAUCCAGCAAACUACCUCUUCGGUUGCAGAACUACCAUCAACAGAUCAGAUCGCGAGCCAGACAGAUAUGCCUGCAUCCAUUGAUGUCAGCUCCAGCUCUCAAGGAUUUUCGGUUGCUACAUCUGCUCCGGAAGCUUCGACUGUUCGUGGUAUCUCAAGCAACAGACCUAGCGAGGCGUUGAGCUCGUCGGUCAUUCUAUCUUCUCAGCCAUCGACCGAUUUGACUGCAAGCGUCAAAGCCAGUGUAACUAUCUCAACAGAAACUGAAAUUGGUUCUGCUUCGAAUUCAGGAGCUGGCGUUGUGCCCCUCUCAUCUGUGGCAUCUGCACAGCCAGAUGAACCCGGAUCUGUCAAAGGAGCCACCGUGAUUCCUGUUGCACCUGCCAGUAAGACCGAUGGCCAAGGCACCACCGAAGCAUCAGCCAACCUCAACACAGCCUCCUCAGCAGCAGUCUCAUCAACGACAACUCUGACUUCAACGACUCGAGAGACUGUUGUGCUCCAAUCUACACUACCUGUCAAUCCGCUGCUCCCGAACUCAGUACAAGCAUCAUCUCCUGGGAACGCUGUUAACUCUUUGCCGCCCACAACGGGUGCUGCAGUGGUACAGGGAUCGCUCGGUUCCUCGCUGUCAAGUGUGGCUGCCAGCAGUAGUGCAGAAUUUAUAUUAUCUGAUGAUGUAUCCUCAGCAGACGGAACAUCAAAAUACAUGGCAUCCAGCCUCCUCGGUCAAGGCCUAUUGGCUUCAUCUUCCGAACAGUCGUCUGGCUCUUCCGACGUUGUUUCUACUGGAACAGCAUCCAUACAGAUGGCCACCACGGCGACCGCACAGUCUCUAGCAAGUCUCUCGUCCACUCCUUCAAUCAUCAAUACCGCAGCCGUCGCUCCAUCUUCUAAAGGUGGGAACGGGACCACUAUACUUUCGACAGGUGUGCCAACCUCCACUAUCGAAGCCUCAAAUGAUGUCGGACAUUUGCAAGCAAUGUGUAUCGAGACGAUGACAUUGGUUGUUAUGAUUUUCUUCAUCUUCAUG